AUGGCGGGCUCCCCGCUGCCGCCGUGGCUCCUGCUGCUCACGCUGCUGCUGCGACCCUGUGACGGGAGCCCCUCCCCCUCCACUGUCACCUCUGCAGGUAAAACAGGGAGCUCAAGGUGGGUCCCUGUGGCUCAGCUUCUCUGCCAGACCACGGUGAGCUCGCAGAGGCCCCGGCUUCCCGUCAUCGGCUUGCUACAGAAAGGGAGACUGAGUCCCAGGAGAUUUAAGAGACUCCCCAGCCCGGACUUGGACCCCGGCUGUGGGAGAUCAGACAAGGGGCUCGAGCUCUCGAGGAGCCACAUGGGGGAAGAGGGGCCCAGAGAAGGGCAGGGACUGGGCAGGGCCACCUGGGACGGACCUUCAGCUGCGAUCCCCACCCUCCGCUCCCCACCCUCCAUAUUUUCCUUUCCAGAUGUCACAACUCUUUCAUCACUCUGGAACACGGGAUCCGUGGAGACCCCACUUACCAACCCUCUAAAUGCUUUGUCCCCCAGUAGCAGCACCCACAUCCCCUCCGCAAGUUCAGGGGAGUCCCCCACUAUCCACUUCUCCUCCCCAAGUUCAGGGGAGCCCCCCACCACACCCCUCCCCUCCACAAGUUCAGAGGAGCCCCCCACCACACCCUUCCCCUCCACAAGUUCAGGAGAGCCCCCCACCAUCCUCCCCAGCCCCAGCCCCACACCUCCAGGAAUAACCCCCACCUCCCCACCCCCAGACACAAGCACCCACCCCAGAUCUGGCUCCCCAAGUUCAGAGCUCACCCCCACUGCCCACUCCAGCCCCCCGAGUUCCACCUCCUCAACCGUGCACUUGAGCCCCACGUCCCCCAGCCGCAGAACAGAGCCCUCCGCUGUGCCCCCGGCAGCCACGGAGAAGACCCCAGCAGCCUCAGACCCCCAUCCGGGUAGCGCUGUGGCCCCCAGGUCACCCCGGAAUCCAGGCGUGGUGGUGGCCGUGUGUCUGCUGUUGUCUGUCCUGGUUAUUGGGUCCGUGGUAAUGGCCGUGAGGUGCUCUCAGCAGGAGGCAUCCAAGUUCCAGAUGCUGGACAAUAUCUCCAUGGGAACCACGAGUCGGAGGUCUUCCGUUGCCCACUGCCUGCCGGAGUGAUCCCCAUGGGGCCGACGGAGAGAGGGGGGCCUCGGAUUGGGCUGGGGUCCCCAGGAAGGAGCAGGGCUGGGGGAAUAAAGUGCUCCUGCUUAGCUGAGGCUCCUGAGUCAUUUAUUGAGCACCUGCUGUGUGCUGGGGGAGACGAGCAGGAACUGGGGAGCCU